UGUCGUCCGGAGGAGAUGCAUCGCGGAGGAGCUCUCGAACAGGCUCGAAGGUUUCCAGUGGGAGCUAUUCGAGCCCUACGAGGAGAUCUGUGACAUACAGCGGGGGGUCUUAUUCUUCGAGACAGAGUUAUGGUAGAGGCUCGGUUACUGUUGCUUCUAGUGCGUCGAUCAGUCACUCGAGCAGUGUAUCAGUAACGGACUCAUCAGGGUACUCUAGUCGUAGUGCUAGCGUUAGUGUUACCUCCUCGGGUGGAAGCC